AAAUAAGUACAGAAAAGCGGCAAGUUUUUAGAGACAAUAUAAUUUUAUAGUCAUUUUUGAUAGGAAAAGAAAAAAAACAAUGAUGUCAUUUAUUGUUUUGACGCGAAUUAUAAAUACAAAAAACAAACUUCUUUACAAAAAAUAAAAGUUUCGUUUAAGAAAAAAUGUUUUUACAAAUAUUGUUAACACUACUCGUACCUAUAAUAUAUACUGAGAACGAGUUCCCUGGAGUUCGCCCAACAGUUGUUUCCAUCGGAACUGACUGGAACAGUGAAGUCUGGGCAUUCUAUACUUCAGGUGGCUUGCUUUAUUGGACUGAUAUCAAAAGAAGAGAUGAUAUCAGAGAAACAACUAAAUGGAUAAAGUUAGAUCUUCCUUCUGGUUUAAGUACAUGUUCUAAUCCAAAAGCACUUAUUACAAUUCAGAAUGAAGUAUUGUUAUUUAUUCAUGCCAAUGAUGGACAAGUGUAUUACUCUUUUUUUAAUCAAUCUCUGUCAAAACUUAAAUGGAUUAAUGUUAAUAGUGAUUUGCCUUUUGAUGAAGGAAUUUUAUGUGGUACAGGAGAUACGAUAUCUGUUUUUUCUGUUGGUGAUAAGUUACAAAUCUUUGCUCGUUCAAUCACCAAUACAUCUUAUCUUUAUACAUCAAUAAUUUCUGGUGAAAAAGCUUCUCUUUGGCAAAUGAUUGGGCAACCUGCUAUUAAAUUGUUAAAAGAUGCAGCUAUAGGAUGGAACUCUUUUACACAAAUGUUUGAGGCUUUUAUUGUUGCUAAUGACGGUUAUCUUUAUCGAAGUUGGCAGUUAUCCAUGUAUAAAUGGUCAUCUUGGGAUAAAACUGGGUAUUACGCUCCUUCCUCACAAUUUGCUCCAGUUGUUUAUGGAAUGUCAACGAAUAUGUUUAAUGGUCAGUUAAACUUAUUUGUACAUGGAGAAGAUAAUAUGUUGUAUCAUAUCUGGCAAACAACGUGUGACAAAGUUCCUAAUCCUUGGGGUUGGUGUACUUGGAGUACAUGGAAGCAAAUAGGUAGUAAAAUGCCUCAAUCAGCUAAUCUUAACACAUUAAGUAUUGGAAACAAUUUACAUUUGGGUAUUGAGAUUUUUUUGUCUGGACUUGAUGGUAAUCUCUACAAACUAUGGCAAAAGGAUAGAGGAGGCAUAUGGAAUGGUUGGCAGUUAGUUGAUGCACAGAAAGAGUAUAAGUUGGCUUCUCUUCCUCAAGUCAUCGAUGAUGGAUCAGGAUGGUGGUGUGCUUAUGCUCUUGACACACAACAAAAUUUAAUUGCAAUCAAGCAAAAUCGCUCUUUAACACUUUCAACUGAUACCAUUAUAUCAGCUUCAAGUUUUACUAUUUCCUGGGAUAUGCCAGAAGAUGAAGUUACUAGCAAUGAUUGGAUUGGUAUUUUUUUGUCUAACGCAUCCAAUCAACUGUACUUGGAUUAUGCAUAUGUUGGAGGUGGACAAAAUCCUUCCUCAAAAGCUGUUCCUCAUGGCAACAUAAAUGUUACAACAUAUCUUCCUGAUGGUGCUUAUGACGUCAGAUACUUAAUUGAUAAACGCUUUGUAGCUGCCUUGGGCGUCUCAACUUUAGUCAAAAAAGGUUCAGAGGAUGUUGCAUGGAUUCAAAUAUUCACUGGUAUUUUUACAGGUCUACAGUUCAAAGAUGUUAAUGUUAGUACUUGUGUAAAAGAUGCAGAAGAAAUAGAGAAAGAUUUUCUAGAUGCAUUUGAAGAUUUUGAAGAAAGAUCAAUAUAUUCAGGUUUGCAGAAGUUAGGUGUGGCAGUUAAUGUUAUAGUUAAAGCAAUGAGUGAUUGUGGAAUUUCACAAAAUAUCAUAGAUCGAAUUUCUAAAUUUGUCAAAGAUUUAAUUGCCUGCACUGAUAAGGGAUCGUGUGUUCAUUUUGUUAUUGAUAUCAGUACGGAAAUAUUAGUACUUUAUGAAAAUUCUUAUGAGAUUUAUGGCGAUAUCAGAGCAUCGAUAAAUUCAUUCAAGAUAAAAGCUUAUGAACAAGGAGGUGUCAAUAUCGGACGCAUCAUAAAAGCAUGCAUCGAUUUACCUCGAUAAACAAAAGAAAAUUUCUUAACCAGAUAGUAUUUAACUUAUAACAAGUAAUCAAGUUAAUUGUAAUAUAAAAUGUAAUAGUAUAGUAUAGUAUAUAAUAUACUUUUUUUUUAGUACUGUGUAUGUUGUUUUAAGGUUCUAAGGAAGUUUUUUGUUUCUUUUCUCGUAGAUGUAACUUUUAUUUCAAAAAAAGUAAUAUGUAAAAAAAAUUUAAUAGUAUAGUGAAUAAUAUACGUGCUUUAA